AUGUCUGUUGCUUCGCCUUUAAUGCUUCAUGAUACUGUCUUUUCCCCUCCUACUCCAUCCCACGAUUACAAGCUGGAUGGCGAUGCUAUUCGGAAGAAACGAGCCAGAGCGGAGUUCUUCGCUCCUUUGAGCGCUCUGGCCUCUGGUUACGGUUCCCAGGCAGGCAAGCCUCUAGUAGGCCGUUAUCAGUGCUCUUUGGUCUGCCCUAAAGAGGCUCUACGGAAACUGAUGGCCAAACUGGUGGAGAUUCAAGUCGAAUCUCGUUGUGUUAUCCAACUCGGUGGUGACGUUGUCGAUCCUGAUGGUAACGGUCUCGGAAUGACCCUGAGAUUAGCGGCAAAUACCGAUCUUUCGCUGCAAGAGUGCAGGAAUAGAGUCCAAGAAAUCAUAUCUGGUGUUUUGGCUUCUCAUGCGGGAAAGAUGCCGAGAGGCUACGAUAAAAGCGUCAUCACUAUCCCCGCUGCUCGAGUCAGCGACAUCCUCGGUCCUCGCGGUGCUGUCAUUCGGGCGAUCCAAAGAGACUCUGGUGCCAAGUUGGUCCUCGCUCCCCUCCCCGAUGAGGAUUCCCGAGCCCAUCAUCAUGGCGACCAUGCGCUAACUCUGAUAGGAGGCUCUGACCAGAUCGCGGCAGCAGCGUGGAUGAUUCACGACGUGCUUCAAGGGGAGUACAACACCUACUGCGCGAUGUUCCAGCAGGAGCUGGAUCGCCGCGCUAAGUCCCAGUCUGCCGGCCCAGGCUUCACAAGACAUGCAGGCGGCAACGUUUGGGAAGAGAGAAUGAUUCACCUCCCCGAAGAAAUCAUAUGUUCUAUGACUGGCCCUGAUGGUAGUAAUUGUUUUACCAAAGUUGAAGGCGCUUCAGGAGCUACGGUUACCUUAGAAUCUCCUAGUUUUAAUCUCUUUGAUCUCGAUGGUACAAGCCUGUCAACCCUCGCCCCUUCAAUUUUCACUCCUCCGAGCUCUUCUCCGUCUAGUGAGGAGGCCGGUACCAGAACUCUGAGAAUCUCGGGUAGGAGCCCAGAGGUUGCUGCUGCAUAUGAUGUUGCGGUCGCCAUGAUCGAGAGCGAUGUUGAGUCCCGACGAUUUGCGGAGCGAGCAGCUGAGCAGAAGAAUGGCUCUGUCCUAUCGCCUUUUGCUGCUGCGAGCGACUCAGCCAAGUCAUAUUCAACGAUGGGGAGUUCCUCCCGAGGCAGCUCUCACUUGCCAGGGGGUGGUAGUAGUACUAGCGAACGCCAAACGCGUGUUCUGGAGAUCCCCUUUGAGUACAUCGGCAAUGUAGUUGGCCCCCAGGGUGCGGUACUGUGGGCCAUCAAACACGACACUGGUGUCUUUCUUACCAUGGAGAAAGGGACCAUGCGUGGAGCUCCAAGGCCACUGGUCAUGAGAGGCACCCCAGAGAGUCUUGACAAGGCAACUCAGCUCGUUAACGCUGUCCUCGAGGGUCGUUACGACAUCGAUGAGGCCGUUAGUCGUCGUCAAGAAGAGUUCUGUAGGAGUUGA